AUGACGAAAAAUAAUCUCGCCUUACACCUGAAAUGGCUACUGAAGCAAGGCCCGUCGCUGUACCCCACGUUGUCCGCCGACAACCCGCCAAUUGAUUCCGGCAGUCGCGUCUCCCAACAACCCACUCCACCAUCCGACGAAAGCGAGUUCCUCGACCAGCUUUUAGAGGAUGCCGAGGACGUGAAAGAUGAGAAUAUGGCACGACUCAUGCUCGCGCCUUCGUCCGAGAGCAAACCUCGAAUGCUCAGUCGAGACGAUACACGGCCACCCAGUUCACCCACGACUAUCAAAAAACCUUCGUCCUCGAGAAGUGUAGUUCAAGGUAUGCCGCUCAUUCGAGAAAUAUCAACAGAUCUCGGACCUAAUGCGGAAUUUCCACGAGCAGAAUCCUUUCUUGAGCCGCCUCAAUCGUCCUUGAAGAGCACGCGAUCAAAAGCCACUCCAAUCCGAUCAGACCUUAAAUUCGCAACGUCCCCGUUCGAUGCGAUCGAGUCUAUCGAUCUCACUGGCGACCCUGAUCGAUUUCUACCUGCGACUUCUAAUCUCGACUUGGCAGGAACACGACGCCUGUGGACCGAGGAGCCUGCAUCGCGCCAAACCCCACUUGAGAAACGAGGAAAGAAGCGGAAAAGCGACGAAUAUACUUCGGAUCUUCUUUCGCCGUCAAAGCAUACAAGUAGAGUACGAUCACCUCCGAAAGCAACCAAGUCCUCCAUUUUGAGAGACGUCAUACCGGAGGUACCGAGUCGAUCCAGCCGCGCAGACCGUUCAAACGGAGCGAAACAUGACAAACCCAGUUCGCCAGACCUUCCUAGGAAUAGCCGAAAACGCGAGAUUGCGGACUCUGAUGAGGAAGAUCCCUUUGGCGAUAGUUGGCUCAAUGACGACGAUAUGAUCAUUGAUGCCAAUACGGGACUCUAUCCAAAGCUCCCUGCAGUGAGCCCUUCGGAUGAUGGAAAGGAUGCGUCUGAACCGAUUCCCGAGGAACCAUCUAAGAUCCUAGCUCCUAAGGAUGGGCUACCACCGGCAGCACGCAAAGCCAAGAGUUCAAAGGAAAACCCCCCAAGAACCCAACCGUCCUCUUCAGGACCAACAGUGCCAAGCUCACAAGCCAAGGAUGAAAACAUCCUGAAGUUUGCGGCUCUUUCUUCGGAGGUCCUAGAUAAGGCCAUUCAGCGAUUACAGCAGACUCUUCAGAAGAACGCUGAGAUUGUCUACGAACAGGCAAUGGCGGGUCGACCAGCACCCGAAUUGAUUGCCGCCAACAAAGAUCUCGUCUCGCAGAUUCAAGCAAUUGAGGCAUUGCAAAGGCAGAAGCAUUCACAUACUGACUGCCUCUCUCGCAAGGACACCCUCAAGCGGGAUGUCAUGCGUGUCAUCUCCCAAGGCUUAGAUCCGUCAACUCUACCAGAACUCUCGAAAAGCCGCGCAGUUGAGGCAGAGCUAGAGAAGAUAGAGACAAAGAUACGCGAACUUCUUCCCAAAGCCAAUAUAUUGGAACUUGCCGCGGAGCUGGGUGAAGAUCUUCCAGAUGUGCCAAGUUACGCCUCGCUAUCCAGGGAGCCACCUCCUGUGUAUCAAAGACCCCAAUCAUCUGUUGCAAGCCCCAGAAAACCGAAGGAAAGCUCAUGGGUACCUGACCAGACUGACCGGUCUCGCAAUGGAGAAACCUACGUCUCGCGAACUAUGGCUUCGCCAACGGUAGACUUCGACGAGUUCGAUUGGAGCGACAGCGACGAUGAGAUGCUAGAGGUGGCUGGAAGUUUUGACAACCAGCCCCAGGUGCCUGUCCGGGAGCCCACUCAGAACCGCAAAGUAUUUGCGGAGACGUCUGGAAAUACCUCUCGCAUGCCUAUGCCCCCUCCGAAGAAAUCACCUGGCCGCAGCAAUUUCUGGUCUAACCAUCCAUGGUCUCAGGAGGUGAAGACUGUCCUGAAAGAUAGAUUCCAUCUCCGUGGCUUCCGUCCUAAUCAACUCGAGGCCAUCGAUGCAACUCUUGGCGGCAAGGACGUUUUCGUCCUGAUGCCAACCGGUGGUGGCAAGUCAUUGUGUUAUCAGCUCCCGUCUAUCGUUACGGGCGGUCAUACACAUGGCGUGACACUCGUGGUCUCUCCGCUACUGAGUUUGAUGCAAGAUCAAGUGGAUCAUCUCCGAAAGUUGAACAUCAAGGCCUUCCUGAUGAAUGGCGAGUCGGACAAGACUGAGCGGUCCUGGAUCCUUAGCCAGUUGUCCAAUGGAGAUGUCGAAGACCUGGAGCUGUUGUACAUCACACCCGAGAUGAUCAACAAGAACCAGACUUUGGUCAGAGCUCUGGAGAAGCUUCACCACCGGAACAAGCUCGCACGAUUGGUUAUCGACGAGGCACACUGCGUCAGCCAGUGGGGGCAUGACUUCCGACCAGAUUACAAGGAGCUGGGUGAAGUCCGGGCCAAGUUACCAGGUGUACCUGUCAUGGCCCUGACUGCUACCGCAACAGAGAAUGUCAAGGUUGAUGUGAUCCAUAAUCUCAAGAUGACCGGAUGCAAGGUAUUCUUACAGUCUUUCAACCGGCCAAAUCUAACCUACGAAGUGCGGCCUAAAGGAAAGAACGAUGAAGUGCUCGCCAGCAUUGCAGAAACAAUCACAACUUCUUACAAGAACCAGUGUGGGAUCGUUUAUUGUCUGUCACGCAAGACAUGUGAGAAGGUUGCGGACGAUCUUUGGAAGAAGUACAAACUCAGGGCCUCGCAUUAUCACGCUGGCAUGAAAUCUGAGGCCAAGGCCAAGGUGCAGAGCCAGUGGCAAGCAGGCAAAAUUCAUAUCAUCGUUGCCACCAUUGCCUUUGGAAUGGGCAUUGACAAGCCUGAUGUACGAUUUGUUAUGCACCACAGCAUUCCGAAGAGUUUGGAGGGAUACUAUCAGGAAACUGGUCGUGCUGGUCGUGAUGGUAAACGUUCUGGCUGCUACCUCUACUACGGGUACAAGGAUGCUGCCACGCUUAAGCGCAUGAUUGAUGACGGCGAAGGCAGCUACGAGCAGAAAGCCCGGCAAAAGCACAUGCUUCGGAACGUCGUCCAGUUCUGUGAGAAUCGCAGUGAUUGCAGACGUGUGCAAGUUCUUGCUUAUUUCAAUGAAUACUUCCGCCGUGAGGACUGUGGCAAUUCGUGUGAUAAUUGCAAAUCCGAUUUGGUGUUUGAGGUUCACGAUUUCUCUCAGCACGCUGCUUGGAUCAUCAACAUUGUUCGCUGGUUCCAGAAUCAAACCAAUGAAAAGGGCGAAAGGGGUGAAAAAGUGACUGUACUCUACUGCGUGGAUAUCCUGCGCGGAGACUUGAAACGGGCCAAGUCUCCCUCGCAUAAGAGCCUUCCAUGGUACGGAAAGGGGUCUGAUUUGGAUCGAGGGGAAGCCGAACGACUUUUCUACCGUCUACUGGGAGAGGAUGCCCUGGCGGAAGAUAAUGUUAUCAAUGGGAAGGACUUCGCAGUUCAAUACCUCAAACUCGGCCGGCGUGCGACGGAAUUCGAAACUGGCGAGCGCCAGUUGAAACUGCAAGUGCGCAUCUCUCCUAAAGGCAAAGGCAAGGCUGCGGCGCGACCUGCGCAAAGGGCAAAGUCUGGCACUCAGGCUUAUCCUCAAUCCACUAUGGUUUCAUCACCUAUUCAAUCCGCUCAUGAUCGCCGCCAGGCGCGAUCUCAACAGCGGAGCAAGCGCGUCGACAAUUCAUCAACUGAUGACGAGAGUGAUGGCUUUGAGCCUCUCCGAGUGGCGAGCAGGCCCCGAAAUGACGUUGGACAUGAAGUGGGCCCUCCCAUCACAAUCGAUCAAAAGAUGGAACGUCUGGAUCAUCUUCACCGUGCCGUUGUGGAGGACUUUGAAGUGACAGCCAAGAGGUACUUGCAAGAGAUUGUUGUGGAGAAGGGUCUUCGAACACAGCCGUUCCCUGACCAUAUUUUGCGCGAUAUGGCCAUCUCGUUCCCCAAGAACAUCUCAGAGCUUUCUGCUAUUCCUGGCAUCGACUCUGAUAAGGUGAAACGAUAUGGUCGCCAAAUCUUGAAGCUGGUGGACAAUGCCCGGCGCCGCUACCACGAACUAAAAGACGAGGCAGAAAGCAAUGGCAUUGUUCCGGAUCCCAACCAUCACAAUGUUAUCAACCUCAGCAGUAGCGAUGAGUAUAGUGAUGAUGACCUUUUUGUGGACCAGAACUCGACUCUUGACCUGGAUUACCCCAUGGAAAACCCCCCAGACAACAUCACUAGCCGUUACUUCCCUCCUGCACCCUCCCCCGGCCCUGAUCCUGGCGACGAUUACGAGCCUGGCCGUGCUGCGUCGAGCUCGAAGGGUGGCAAGCGUCCAUACACGAAGCGACCUCGACGAAAGAACGGUGGCUCCACAGGCACCUGGAAAGCGAAGGGAGCCCGGUCCAGGGCGAAAUCUGCCGGUGAUCGCGCUCCCAGCAGGUCUUCGGCUGCACCUCGAAAAACCGCCAGUUCCAAAGCCUCAAAAUCAACGAUUGGAAUGAUGCCUGUUUGA